AUAUUUUAGUUUAAUUUACUGAAAACGUGAAAACUCUUUUAAUAUGAGUUAUUUUGUGGCAUUAAAAAUAUAUGUUUCUGUCACACAGUGAUGUUUUGACGUUAUUUAUGGCAAGAUAUACUGUGAAAUUAUUGUUUGAUUUCGUGAAAUAAAUCGAUUAAACAUACCAUUUUAUUAAAAAUUCCGUGUCGUCAGCCCACUUUAUGCCUCAAACUACUUAAUUAUUGCUAAAUAUUAGUGAUAAUAAAAUAUGUUGACCAAUAGUGGCAAAUAUGAAAGUUGUCAUCUUUAAAAUUUGGAAAGAUGCAACAUCCAGUGAUGAAUGACUCAGCAAAAUGUUCACAUCACCUAAUUAUGUUUAAGAUUCAGGUCGGAUUAAAACGGGCAUACCCGGUUAGUAUGGAGGAGUGCAAGAAAAGACAUUCAGGCACUAAAGUUUCAAAGAUCGCGAAUAUAUUUCAAGGGAUGCCUUCAAAGGAAGAAGACGAAGUUCGCGGUAGCGACGUCAGUGGCGUCCGGACCGAGAGUCAUUUAGCACGAUUCAAUAAUGCUCGUGCACUAUUUGAAAAAUUGGGCGAAGAAAAUCGUGGUUUUCGAAUUGAGAAAUCACCGUCUGCUGCGGCCAGUUUUGCGGGUACACGCGGAGUGACCCCCCCAGCACCAGCGCGAUCGCGUUCUAGUUCUGCAGGGUCCGUGAGUCCACCCAGACGUAUUGUAACUCCAACGCCGAUGCCGGCCCCUGCUGUUAAUGGCGAUCGUCUCGCCAAUGGCGCAUCAGCACCACCGCCAAAACCCGUUAAACCGAGUGUUUUACCUAAACCUGAGAAACCAGACAGGCGAUUUAACAAGGAGCUAAUAGAAAAACAACGGAAUUGGACAGCACACUUCAAUAAAUCUCGCCAAACUCGAAGUGAUGAAUCAAAAGUGGACUCUAAUAGAUAUUCUAGUGGUUAUCAGGAAAGAAAAUCACCUGAAAUUCCUGAAAGAUAUGUUGUUCCUUCUCGUGUUUACUCUCCACCGCUUUCGCCAUGUGCCGGGGACUCUCAAGUAGAACGGCCUACUACUCUUCCCUCUUCCUUAGUAAGUCGUGUUAUACCUAAUACGAAAUCUCCAAGUCCUAUAAAAAACGUUACUUCGGUGUCGUCAAGACCAAAUAGUUCAGUGUCACCGGUCCCAAGAAACGAGUCUUUAGUUUCACCCUCCGCUAGGAGAGACAACUUGAACUCUCCUAACAAAAACAAAGUUGACUCUCCAUCUCAACUUAUAAUAGGAUCUUCUGAGAAAAGUAAUUCUAGCGUAAGACCAACGUUGCCUCUGGAUGAGACUGAAAGAAAUGCAAAUAAUGAAUUGCUAAUACAUACAUCAAGUGAUCAACAACAACCACCUAGUUCUAUGCCAAAUCCUAUUGAAAGAACAUCACCUAUUUCACCAUUACAUACUACAACAGUUACGACAGAACCUGUCUUGAUACCUCGAAAUCAAAAAUCCCCUUCGCCAUCGGCCAGAGUUUCAAAAUCGCCAAUUUCACCAGUAUACUAUGAAAAAGAAUGUUUGCAUACCAUCGAACGCGAGUCUUCGGUGUCUCCUUUACCCAACGAUCGCGCAUUCACCUCCUCCCUGGAUGAUGUCACUGAUGCAGUUGCUCCAAUUGAGGGAUAUACGCCUAGUGGUACAUCCUACGGCUCACCUUUGUUGUCACAAUCUAACGAAAUAACAGAAAAUAAAAAUGAAUCGGAUCAUGCGUCUCCGCAAAGUCCAGUCACACUUGAUAAUGGGUCAAGGUCAUCAAAAACUUUGGACGAAGAUGCUUAUGAAUCGAUAGAUUAUAGUGGAGAGUGGGAAGAAAAAACAAGGCGUCGUUCUUCUACGCCGGAGUCUCCUACAUGUCCAGCCAAAUCAGAGGAUGCGCCACGCUCCCCGCUAGUGUCGCCAUUAGCGUCUCCUGUGCAUUGUUUGGAGAGUUCGCCCCCAGCUUCGCUACAAGCUUCGCCAUCGCCUGCGGGCGGAGGUCGCAAGUCGUCCGAGGCAGAAGAAACGCCGCGGCGGAGCGGUUCCCGCGCGUCCAGUGUGUCUGAUGAGGGAGGGUUCAACGAGCCUUCUCCCGAAGUGGUGGCUCGACUGCGGCCCGCAGACUACCGAGAACCACCGCCACCGCCGCCGCCGCUCACCCGGGACAUACGUGACGCGGAGCGGGCACGAUCAGAUCCCGAUACUCUUUCCGUGCUGCAACAGGAUUCUGGUGUAGUCGUGAGCGAGGCGAGCCAAGGCUCCAUAGAGGUGCUCGACAAAUCGACCACUAGCCAAUGGAGCGUGUCGGAGGGCGAGAACGCGUCCGGCGAGAGCGGGCGCGGCGGCGACGCGGCCGACGCGCGCUGGGACGACGCCGACGCCGACUCCAAGCAGCCCGACAGCAUGACGCCCGACGAGGCCGAGAUACUGCUCAGCUCGAGUAUUCUGGAGAAAAAACUUAGGCAAGAAGCUCUGCUGUCGGAUGAGCAGGCGCAGGAAAUCGUGGCGAUGUUGUCGCCGCACGCGCUGCCGCACGAUAAUGGCGUGUCCCUCAACGACAGCUACCAGUCCGUGCUCUCGUAUGAGAGUAUGCAGUCAGUGGACGAGAGCUACGAGUUCGUAUCGCUGGAAGCGGACACGGGCAUGGCGGGCGGCGACCGGCGCCAGACGGACGCGAGCUCGCCGCCCCCGCCGCCGGCCGGGCCCGCGGGCCACGCGCCGCCCGCCGCGCCGCCCGCGCCCGCCGCCGCGCCCGCCGCGGACGUGCCCAUCUUCGAGCACUACCCGCCGCAGCAGCUGCGGGAGCUCGGCGAGGAGAACGGCAUACACUACUUUGAAGAUGGACACUUCUAUACUGAGGUUGCCGGACUUCCGCCUAUAGAAGAGGAUGAAGAAGAUGAUUACUACCCUCCAGUAUUCGUCAAGAAAAAUACCAAAGUUAAAUUCAGCACGAAUCCGAUGCGUGUGUUCUCGACGCACUCGGUGCGAGAGUACGACCGCCGCAACGAGGACGUGGACCCCGUGGCCGCCAGCGCAGAGUACGAGCUCGAGAAACGCGUCGAGAAGAUGCACGUCUUCCCUGUGGACUUGGUCAAGGGAUCCGACGGGCUAGGCUUGUCUAUUAUAGGUAUGGGCGUCGGCGCCGACGCUGGUCUUGAGAAGUUAGGAAUAUUUGUGAAAACUAUCACGGAGAGCGGCGCCGCUGCUCGCGAUGGCCGAAUUCAAGUCAACGAUCAAAUAAUUGAAGUCGACGGCAAAAGCUUGGUGGGAGUUACGCAAGCAUACGCUGCGUCAGUGCUUCGAAACACAUCGGGUCCCGUAAAGUUCCUUAUUGGACGUGAGAAGGACCCUGAAAAUAGUGAAGUAGCCCAUCUCAUCAGGCAAUCACUCGCCGCCGACAAAGAAAGAGAAGAAAGAGCGGCCCGCGAACGCCAACGGCGCCAGCAAACCGAGGACGAUGAUUCCAAUCAGACAGCUCCCGCCGAAACAUCCGCGCCACAGACGCGACACCCCGAGAUUAACGAGUUGCGAGCAUUUCUUCAAGAGUUGGUGGGCAUGGAGUCUGGCGGCGGCAGCUCGGAGGAGAUCAGCGUGCGCGUGCGCAGCUGGUGCCAGCAGCGCGCGCCCGACGACCAGCUGCGCCGCGCGCUCGCCGCCGCCGCCGACACCGCGCACCGCGCGCAGCGCAAGUACGACAAGGCGCGUCGUGCCCUGCGCGAGUGGCGGCGAACCCGCGCGCUGGUGCGGGCGCGCGAGGAGUGGUGGAGCGGCGCGCUGCGGGACGCGCACCGCGAGUACGCCGCCGCGCUGUCCGCGCUGCACGACCGCGUCGCGCGCCUCGAGGUGCUGCUGCUGGAGACCCAAAAGAAGGCUGGUCUGCCUGUGAUGCUGCCCCACGAGCCAUCGGCUCGUCGCGAAACACCGCCCCUGCCGCGUCGACCUGACCCAGAUCCGCUGUUGAUUAAUAAUCCAUGGAGUUCAGAUAGCGAUCUCUCAGAUUUGUCGCCUGUAGAAGACGAAUAUGCCAAAGUAGACAAGACGAGGCGAUGCGAGCCGCCCGACCUCGGCGACGUCACUGCUCCUGCGGUGGAAGAAGUGAAGCCCGUAGUGUCGCCUGCGCCCGCCCCCGCCCCCGCGCCCGCGCCCAUGCCCGCCGCGCCCCCGGCCGCCGCGCCCCCGGCCGCCGCGCCCAGCUCCCCGCCCGCGCCCGCCGCGCCCGCGGUGCCGCCGCCGCACACCGCGCACGCCGCGCAUGCCGUGCACACUACACAUGCUGCUCUCCCGCCGGCGAAUAAUAUUCACGAAACGCAGUCGAGCUCGUCGCUGGCGGGCGCGUGCAGCAGCGCGGCGUCGUCGCUGGGCGCGUCGCGCGAGCUGGACGCGGCCGUCCCGCGCGGCGCGCUGCUGGACACGUCGGCGCACCGCGCGCGCACCGACCUGGCGCGCCACCGCCACCACGCCGCGCACUCGCCGCACUCGCCGCACUCGCUCAGCAACGCUAGCUCCUAUGACGGAUUGGACGAUUCGUACAAUGACUCGGCGGACGAGUCGCUAAGCGAAUCAACAUCGGGGGGACCACCUCACGUCAGUUCUCAUCGUGACACGCGUCAGAGUUGCGGCAGUUCAGUGGGCAGUGCGACAGAUGAUGCUGUGUACUCCAGGGAUCACCGACACCACCCCCUAUCGGGUCCGCCCGCGUCGCUCGCGGAGCAGCUGAAGCAAGUGCUGGCGGAGCGCGAGCGGCGGCUGGCGGCCGGCGCCUGCCCGCCGCAGCCCGACGCCGUGCAGCUCACCAACGACCUGGUGGACGAGAUCCGCCAGGCCGUCAGCGAGGCCAACGCCAGAGUAAAGAAAGCUCCGGCGUGCGUAGUCGGCGGCGAGGUGCCGUGGCAGCCGCUGUCCAGCGCCGCGUCCGAGGCCAGCCUCACGCCGCCCGCGCCCGCGCAGCCGCAUCCGGUUAACCACUGGACUAAACAACAGGUCUGGCAGUGGGUGUCGGGGCUGGGCGAGGGCCUGGAGCGGCACGCGGGCGCGUUCGCGGCGCGCGGCGUGGACGGCGCGCUGCUGCUGGCGCUGAGCUCGGCCGACCUGAAGCUGCUGGGGCUGGGCGGGGACGAGCGCCGCCGCAUGAAGCGACGCCUCAAAGAGCUGCGCGCCGCGCACGACAAGCAUCUCAAAGCGCUCAAGAAGGCCGAGAAGAAGGCCAAGAAGAAGUAGACCACCACAACCAAAGAAUGGGCCAGUUCACAUGAACUAACUUCUGCUCUACAUGCCAUGCGACGAGAUUGCCUCUACUAAACACAUAAUAUAUUAUUUUUAAACUAAGAUUAUUCUUCUUCUCCAAUCUUAAUCUGUUACUUCACACUAUUUAUUGGUUUACUUCUGUACAAAGGUAUAGUUUCAUGUGAACUGUCUCUUGUGUUUUUUUACUAUUUUUUGUGGCAACUAUUUACUGUGUAAUUAUGGCAACUUUAAAUUUAUAGUACCUGUAAAAAAUAUUGAACUGAUUUCAUAGUAUACAUACCGAGCCUUGGCUACUCUCGUAUUCAACUUACUUAUUUUUACUUAUGAAGCGUAUGAAAGUUCAUCAGCGUUUAGUUACGUUCUAAGAUAUUACUAGCGAUGUAGGUAAUUACUUGGAAUAUGUUCAUGUGACUGAAGCUGAUGGUGGAAGAGAUAGUGCUGGUGGAGGGUAUAAAGCUGUGUCUGAUAGCAUACCGAGUGCCAUCUGACCCAUAGCUUAGAGACUAGUGACGUUAGUGCUGCUUCAAACGAAGAAACGAAUAUUAUUAAUCGAAAAUUAGACGUAAGUGAAUGUGGAACAGGACAAGUAGAACUCAUUUAUCUAGACUGUCUGAUGUAUCUAUUGCAUAUAUCCUUUAACAGGUAUUUCGUUGGUUUCUUCAUCGUUCCUACAUUUUUGUAUUAAUUGUGUCAGUUUUUCUUAAAGUUCCGAAUAGUGUUAAGAACUGUAGGGAAAAUACUGACUCAAUCUAGUCAUAAGAUGAAUUAGCUGUUCUAAAGUCAUGCAUCGUAACAAUUUUUCUUAGAAAAUUUCGAGUAUUUAAGAUUAGAUAAUAACUUUCUUGUAUGUAAUUAUUACCAAUUAUAAUGUCGAGAUUGUAUAAUGGUAAUUUAUUUUACAUUUGUAGCCAAUGCAAUGCAAACUGAUUUUGGUAAUAUUUGGCAUUUAUUUGUAAUUAUGAAAUAUAAUGCACAAAAUGUACUUAGUGAUACGGUGACUGAUUAUAUCUAUUAUGUCACCAACAUUUUAGUAUAUUUUAAAUUGUAUAGUGAAGUAACAUUCAUCAAACAUAUUGUGAUCUCAUGUCAUGUAAGUAACCAGGAUACCUUUCCAACCUGUCCUUAUUCAAAAUAUUUACUAUCAUGUGAAUUCUAAUGAAAUGCGAUCUUCACGAUUUUUAAUACAUUCCAGUAAAUUACUAUAUCAAUAUAGUUGUUUCUGUGUGAGAUUUCGAUCAUUUAGACAA